AUGGCUUUGACUCAACUCACGACACUUUUGCUUGGGGUUUAUUACGUCUACGAGAACCAAAGAAGAGAUGCGCUGCUCUCCCAGACCCCACAAGAUGUUAUUAACGCUUCGACAGUAUAUAAUGAAGAAUUUCGUGACCGCACUGACAAGCAGGACUAUCUACGGGUCCGGAUUUUACCAAGCAAAUGGACUCGAGACGUCGAAAUGGGCUGA